AUGGAAAAAACUGGUCAACAGUUAUCAGGGGGAGAGAGGAAGAGGCUUUCUAUUGCUACAGAGAUUAAUCUGAUUAUCAUGGAUCCACCGAUACUCUUCUGUGAUGAACCAACUUCGGGAAUCGAUUCAUUCAUGGCUCUGAGUGUAAUUUCGGUUCUAAAGUCGUUGAUUUUAGAAGCAAUGUAUCAAUUUUCUUACCUUAAUUGUUAUGUUGAAUUGGGUAAUUUAUUGGCUAUUCUUGGUCCAUCAGGAGCAGAUUAUCAUGGAUCCAUCGAUUCAUUCAUGGCUCUGAGUGUAAUUUCAGUUCUAAAGUCAUUGGCGUCCGAGCAACGAACUAUCAUUUGUACCAUUCAUCAGCCUUCGUCCGAAAUAUUUAAAUUGUUUGAUAAAAUUAUGCUUAUUGCUGAUGGUCGACUUGCAUUUUUUGGUACCUCUGGUCAAGCGAUUGAUUUUUUCUCAUCAAAUGGUCAAGUCUGUCCAUCUAAUUUAAUCCACCCGAUUUUUUUCGUUUAA